AUGUCGGGAGCUCCAUACAAUUACUCCUAUAUCUUCAAGUACAUCAUCAUCGGUGAUAUGGGUGUUGGAAAAUCGUGUUUGUUGCAUCAGUUCACGGAGAAAAAAUUUAUGGCGGACUGUCCGCAUACCAUCGGUGUCGAGUUCGGUACGCGUAUUAUCGAGGUCAGUGGUCAGAAAAUCAAACUGCAGAUCUGGGACACCGCUGGACAAGAAAGAUUCCGCGCUGUGACGCGUUCGUAUUAUCGUGGUGCCGCUGGGGCAUUGAUGGUUUACGAUAUCACAAGGCGUUCAACUUACAACCAUCUGAGCAGCUGGCUGACAGAUGCAAGAAAUCUUACCAAUCCUAACACGGCUAUCUUCCUGAUUGGCAAUAAGUCUGAUCUUGAUGGACAGCGGGAUGUACCUUAUGAAGAAGCCAAGGCAUUUGCGGAAGAAAACGGCCUCACAUUCCUGGAGUGUUCUGCAAAAACUGGUGACAAUGUUGAAGAUGCAUUCCUGGAAACAGCAAGGAAGAUUUAUCAAAAUGUGAAGGACGGCAGUAUCGACCUCAAUGCAGCGGACACGGGGGUCCAACCGAAGCAGAAUCUUCCACGUGCGGCUGCUACAGCUGGGCAAGAGAAGAAGGAUUGCAAUUGUUGAGAUAUGGUCGGUAUAAGCAUACGAUGCUAAUGUUUGUGCAUAUGUUCUCGACUUCGCAUAAUGGUUGUGAGCAUGUGAAUUUGUCUCCAUCAAACCUUCGAUGUAGAAUCCUAUCCAUGCUUUCAGUUUCUAUGAUGGGAGAACUAUAUAUAUUUUUCUUUAUUUGGUCAUUUCCUUUAAAACCAGUGAUGCUAAAAUUAUUCAAAAUCUCAUCUCUUUAAUAACUGUUAGAUCUUUACGAUGUGAUAUGCUUCUGUUUUUAUAAGUUAUUGAAGGUUUCGUCUUUGUACACAUGUAUGAAGAGUGUUUC